AUACACAGUUUAGUAUAACUUCAUUUUUGUAAGGUCUUUGAUGAGAAAAGGAGUAUAAGUUGACUUAUACUAUUUUACACAUAUCAUCUUAAUAAAGAAAAAUAGUUUAAGUUGACUUAUACUGUUUUACACACUACUAAUGGAAAGUUUGGAUUGUACUUCAUUCCCCCCGUCAAGUCAGUCUCAUGUUGGUUGUGCGUGGGUGCGUGUGCUUGCGAUUUUAUCAUCACCGAUCAGCAGUUCUAUGCAAAUAAUGGCGUCAGAAAGAACGAAACGCAUUCUAAGGCUUGCUGAACUUGAUAUUGAUAUUGAGGUUAGCAGUUCGUCCCCGAGACCCGUGAAAACGAUUAGAGAUGUGUUUGAAAACGACAUUGUAGAAUCUCUGGUGAAAUUUGAUUCUGGAACUAAUACAAAUGAAGUCAAUUAUGGCAACAGCGAUACCGAAUAUGACGAUAGUGAUGCUGAUAAAGACUAUACACCUGAUAAAGAGGAAGAAGACAGUAGUGAGAGUGAUGAAAUAAACGUUGAAAAUCAACUCCUACUUGAAAAGGAAAAUGUAGAGGAGAAUUCACAAAAUAUGCAAUCCGAAGCCAAAUCUACCAGCAAAUCAAAUAAAAGAAGUAAAGGAGGGGUCCAUUCAAGGAAAAACAGAAGGGAAAGAAAGCAACAGCGAAAUUUAGGAAAAAGCUACAUUACGGCGAAGGGAAAAGAAAAAAAGCAAAGAGAAAUUGCAAGAGUUGCCAACUUGUAGGAUGAAAUGUACUGAUCGAAUACCUCCAGAGGUACGUAAAAGCAUAUUUAGAGAAUAUUGGUCAUUAGGAGACCGCAACAAACGUGUUGCUUAUGUAGCAAGUCUAGUGGAUACAACAGAAACCGCCACUAAGAGGAAAAGGACUGCAGAUCCUGAUAAGGAAAAAUAUAGAAUGAUUACCCACACCUAUCACUUCAAGGUGAACGGCGAAAGAUUGAAAGUGUGCAGAGGCUGUUUCAUGAAAACAUUAGCCGAGACACAAAUGUUUGUGACAUUGGCUAUUUCAAAUUCAAACUCGUUUACCUCUGGAAUUACAUAUGACGAUCAGAGGGGUCGAGCAGAGCCUGCCAAUAAGCAUUCACCCAAUAUGAUACAAGAUGUCAUUGAUCAUAUAAAAUCCUUUCCGUCUUAUAAAUCGCAUUAUACCAGGAGAGAUAACAACAAAAAUUUUUUGGCCCCCCAUCUAACGUUGCAAAUAAUGUAUCGACUAUACUGCGAAGGUCGCGAGCCUCGAGUUUCUAGAAGAAUUUAUGAAAGGGAAUUUCAUAAUAUGAACUUGGCAUUCAAACAACCAAAAAUUGAUACAUGCCAUAAAUGUGACAUGCUCCAUAUGAAACUUAAAGUAGAAGAAAACGAAGAAGAAAGAAAACGUGUUCAAGAAGAGAUAGAAGUUCACCAUGCCGAGGCUGAUAAUGCGUACCUGAAGAAAGAUGCGGACAAAAAGUUUGCCAAGGGAAACGAUGACAUCAGAUGCUACACCUUCGACCUACAGCAGUGUCUUCCAACCCCGUAUGUUAACUCAUCUAUUGCUUUCUACAAGAGACAACUUUGGACUUACAAUUUAACAAUGCACGAUUUAGGAAGUGGUGGUGUUACAUGUUACAUGUGGCAUGAGGCCGAAGGAGCUCGUGGUGGUAAUCAAAUCGGAACUUGUUUGUUUAAGCAGUUAACAGAUUUGCCUACUAAUAUUAAGCAUGUAGUACUUUAUUCUGAUACGUGCGGAGGGCAAAAUAAAAACUCUCAUGUUGCUGCUAUGUUUUUAUGUGCUAUGCAACAAAAUAAGAAUUUAGAAGCCAUUGACCACAAAUUUAUGGUGGCCACAGUCAUAUGGAGUGUGAUGUCGAUCAUGCUUUGAUUGAAAAGCAAAAGAAAAAAUUAGGCAUUGAAAUAUCCCAUCCACAUGAUUGGUACCAACUCGUUAGAGGUGUGGGCAAAAAAGAAAAGUUUCUGGUGAAAGAAUUAGACCACAGCAUGUUUUUGAAUUUCUCUGCUUUGUAUAGAACUUCAUUGACAUUAAGGAAAAAGGACUCGGAGGGGAACUCUUUUAAGUGGCACGAUGCCAAAUGGUUUCGUUAUACUAGAGAACCUAGUAAGGUAUUUUUUAAAACAUCCUUUAAUGAAGAUGAGCCAUUUAAAGAAUUGAAUUUAAAACGUCGUGGUAAUAAAAACACAACCUUAAGUCCAACAAAGUGCUACACAGAUACUCUACCCAUUACUAAAGAAAAAAAAUCGAAUUUGUUGGAGCUACUGCCUUUAAUAUCCUUACCUUUCCGUGAUUUCUAUGUAAACUUAAAAACGUCCAAUGAUAUUGCAGACAGUUAUCCAGAUAUCGAAGAAUUUGAUGAAGAUAAUGCUACACAAGCAUAGAGUAUUUUGCACAGUACC